CAGUGCCAGUCAUGUUUCGAGGUUCAUGGUUUUCUACGACACCAGAGUUUAAAUCAACAGUUCCCGACCAGAAGGUGAAAAGAGAGCAGAAGGUUGAGAUCAAGGUCAAUGUCAACUUGGAGGACUUGAAGGUCGACUGGACUAAGGAUGGGGCAACACUAUUUGAUGGAGGCAGGAUCCACUUUAGCCAGAAAGAAAAGACUUUAACGCUAACCAUUGAUAAAGUGGAGGAGGUGGAUGAUGGCAAAUACACAGUCACCAUCACCAAAGACUCAAGAAGUGCAUCAUACUCUGUCAAAGUCACGGUUCUUGAUUAUGAACAUAAUUGGCGGGUCAUACGUUGGGGGGAAAAAGUGGACGUCAUGCACGGCCUAGAGGACAUGGCACUUAAAAACCCAGAGACAAAACACGUCCGUUUGCUGCUGCUCGGGCCUGUGGGCGCUGGCAAGUCCAGCAUCAUCAACUCCAUCAACAGCAUCUUCCAGGAUCGGGUGAUGAUUGGAACACUGGUUGCAGCCACACCCAGUUUCUCCUUCACCAGAAAUUACAAUACGUAUGAAAUCACCACUAAGCAGGGCAAAGCGUUGCCAUUCGUGUUCAAUGACAUCAUGGGGCUGGAGACUAGCGCUGAGGAAGGCAUACACCUCGAAGACAUCAAGAGUGUCAUAGGCGGACACAUCCCAGAAGACUACAUGUUUGAUCCUUCGCACCCACUGUCCAGUCACGACCGGCGCUACAACAUCAGCCCUGCACUGUCUGACAGGGUCCACUGCCUGGUCAGUGUGGUGGCUGCUGACAGAGUGUCGCCCGGCUUGGAUAAAUAUCUGGAGAAGAUGCGGGAGGUCAGGAAGCACGCUAGUAAAUUGAGUAAGACUUUUCAACAUGAACAUGAUUUGUUGCAGUAAUUUUAACGAAUUUAUUCUAGCAAGACUGAUAGGCUUACUGAAAGGUAAAAAAGAAAUGAGGCACACCCAAAUUUGCAAAAAGUUUUCAUAAAAUAACAUAAAAGAGAAGCAAACAGCAGGAGACACUGAUAAUGGGAUA